GCAGUAAAGCUGGAUCCCCCUUCCCAUGGGACAUCCUUCACUAAGGCCAAUGGGCGCCUGGAGCUGAGGCUGCCGCGGCCGCAGUGUCACCAUGAGGAGCGGCCGCCGCCGCGCAGGGAGGCUCGAUUCCGCCGGGUGGGUGAUCGCAGCUGGAUGCAGGUGAUGUGUGAGACAGGGAAGGGUGAGGAUGAAGAGAAUGACCCAGUGACCUGCGAGCUGGGGGGAACCGCUGCCUUCGAGGUGCAGCUCCGACACAGGACGCAGCACUGGAGCAGCCACUGGAGUAACUGGAGCGCAUCCAUCUUCAUCCCCGAGGAGAUCCUGGAGAGCCCCGCACUGAGCUUCAGGCUGGGACACCUCGGGAGAAAUGGGCAGAGGCUGUUGCAGCUGGGCUGGCAGCGCGCCCGCGCGGCACAGGGGGACGUCAUCUACACACUGCAUGCCCACAUGCCGCAGUGCAGCUGCGUCGAGGAGGACGAGGUUGUGCUGGGGGCAGAGGAGACAGAGUACAACCUCACGCUCUGCGGGGCUGCGUACGAGAUCGUGCUGACGGCCACCAACGCCGCGGGAACCAGCCCUGAACGGCGGCUGCACGUGCCGGCGGAGCAGCACACGGAGCUCAGCUUCCAGAACAUCAGCUCGGUGGGCACCACGGUGACCGUACGCUGGGAGGCACCAACGCGAGGCUUCGCCUUCUGCUCCGAGCGGGAGCGGAUGCCGGGAACCCCACGGCCGGGGCGCUGCGUGCAGGAGGAGUUCCUCGCACGCAGCUCCCAUUGGCAGGCAGGGCCGCUGGAAGCGCCGGCCUGUUACCGGCUCGCCGUGCACGGCCGCGGUGCAGAGCAGGACUGGGCCACCUUCGCUCUGCAGCAUACUUUCGUCGGCAACACCUCGUUGGCCGCCUCUGUCCGCAUCAACGCCAGCGCCGACGCCGCCGUGCUGCUCUGGGAGCCGUCCCCACGCGCUGCUUGCCCCGGGGCGCUGCUGGGGUACCGCGUGUGUCACGCGGCUGAAGGGGACAACGUGACGUAUGGCGACGUGGACGCAUCAGCAUCGCAGUACGCACUGCGAGACCUGAAACCGGGCACCGCCUACAGGGUGGGCAUCCAGGAGGUGGCAGCGGGCGGCGGGGGGACCUGCAGUGCCCGGUGGUACUUCCAGACCACGGCACUGGGUGUUGGGACUGCGGUGUGGAGCUCCAACCUGAAGUACCUGGGCAUCUCGCUGGGGCUCCCAGCUGCCGCCCUCAUCUACCAGCUGAGCAAGAAGAGGCUCCACGGGAUGCUCUUCCCCCCCCUGCCCAAACCUACGGGCAGUGAAGCCCUCCAGUUCUCAGCCAGCGAGAUGAGCCAGAACAAACCCUGGAAAAGCUUCCUGGAGCCUUCGGAGCAGCUCAGCUCCGGGGAGUUGCUGGUGAUGGAGCUGAGCCUUGAAAAGGAGGCAGCCACCAGCACACGGCCCCAUACACCACAGCUCAGCCCCAAAGAACCGAUGGAGCCACUGCAGCCACACUGCAAGAUGGAGCUGCCCUUCACAUACCGCAGGCAGGAGGUGCUGGACCCGGAGCCAGUGGGGUCAGGGGGGUCAGGGGAAGUCCCAACCUGUGGCCCCACAGCUGCAGAGGAGGGCGCAGGGAGCUGGGGGCUGAGCCAGGUGCUGCCACCUCUUGUGCUGCUCAAACCCAUCACCCCACAGGAUCAGGAGGGUGUGGGGCUGCUGCAGGAGAAAGCGGUGCCUUAGGGAUCCCAGGGAUGGGGGACAAAGCGGGUCCCUCAGACAGCGAGGGGGUGAUGCUGAGGGUCUGGGAGGGCUGAUGCUGAGCAUCCAGGUGGGAUGCUGAAUGCCCUUCCCAAGGUAUGGUCCUGUGGGCACUUUCCUGGGGGGUUUCUGAUUUCCAGGAAUGCUGCUGCACUGCACAGGGGCCAGUGAGGCACUGUGGGGGUGGGGAUGUUUCUUUGGACACGAGGAAGUUGCUUUGGGAGCACAUCAGAGCGAACACUGCAUCCCUGCCCCCGUGGGAUGGGGGCACAGCCAAGCCCCGCGCCGAGCACUGAAAUACCAGAGUGUAAAAGUAAAGAAAUCCAAACAGCAGCACCGCCGCGCUCUCCUUC